AUGACGGUGGUUCAUUUUCCGGAAGUACCCCAAACCAUUGAUUUACACGCAAAAAUCACACCUGGAACCCAUUUUUCAUUUGCUGGAAAUUGUUUUGAUAAAAAUUUUGGGAUUGCGUUGCUCAGUUCAAAUGAUUACGCGAUUAAUAUUCUGUUUGAAUUGGAAAAUGAAAAAUUGAUAAAAGCGAAAUCGAUGGUGAAAGGGAAAUGGACUCGAGAAAUUCAAGUGAAUGGAAGUCAUAUGCUUUCUUACAAGCACCAAAUUCCAGUUCAAACCAUAUCUGGAAUCAAACUUAUUGAAUUUAUGGAAAUUUCUCGAUUGGAAGUCGACUUGUACCAAUAA